UCACGUGAAACUUUCGUCACGUGAUCUGGUCUUGUGAUAAAGUUGUUGUUCAGUCCAAAUAAAAGCCCGUGGUAAUCAGUGCACUUUCAGAUUUCUUUCCAUUUUCAGUCUUCAUUUUGAGCAAGUAGUCUUAGUCUUGAACAUGCUGCUGGUUGUUGUAGCAACCGUGUUGGUCGCCUGCACAGCUGGUCAAGUUUUAUUCCCAGACUUCGGCCUUCUCAAUGAUGACGAAAUCCACUACAUCAACAACAUAGCUGAUACUACAUGGAAGGCUGGGCGUAAUUUUCAUCCUAAAGACCACGGCCUUGUGAGGAAACUCCUUGGUGUACCAAACAUGGAGAAAUCUGAAUACUUAACCAGGAGCCUUCCAAGGCGACAGUUUAAAACCAAACUGAGCUCUGCCAAGUUGCCAGAAAACUUUGACCCUAGAGUUGAGUUCCCACACUGCCCAUCCCUGAAAGAAGUCCGUGACCAGGGUAACUGUGGCUCCUGCUGGGCUUUUGGUGCUGUUGCUGCCAUGACAGAUCGUAUUUGCAUUUACUCCAAGGGAAAAGAGAACUUCCACUUCUCAGCUGAGGACCUCCUCUCCUGCUGUGAGAGCUGUGGGGAUGGUUGUGAUGGUGGCUUCCCAGCCGAGGCAUGGAAUUUCUACCAGAAUACCGGAAUUGUGUCAGGCGGUCAAUACAAUAGUUCUGAGGGCUGUCAGCCAUAUCUGAUCCCCGCAUGUGACCACCACACCACUGGACAUCUCAAACCCUGUGGUGGACCAGAGUUACCCACACCACCAUGCAAAAAAGUCUGUGAACCUUCAUACACUGUUCCAUACGCAAAGGACAAACACUUUGGUGUCAAGACCUUCAGCAUCUCAGGUGAAGAGAACAUUAUGCAGGAGCUUGUAGAGAACGGACCAGUCGAGGCAGCUUUUUCUGUUUACAGUGAUUUCCUCAACUACAAGAGUGGUGUGUAUCAGCAUGCAUCAGGAACAGAGCUGGGAGGCCAUGCAGUUAAGAUAAUUGGAUACGGUGUAGAGAAUGGAACCAAAUACUGGCUGGUGGCCAACUCCUGGAACCCUGACUGGGGUGACAAAGGUUUCUUCAAAAUUCUGCGUGGACGUGAUGAAUGCGGUAUUGAGAGCCAGAUAGUUGCUGGAGAACCAAAGUUGUAAUUAAAUCCUGAAAUUUUUAACAAUUUUUUUUUAAAUGAGCUCAACACAUUCCUGUAUUAUUUUUUUUUACUAGCUUUAAAUCUGCUGAAAAAAGUGGCGUAAAUAGUUUUGUGCCAAAGAAUUAUUUUGCCAACACUUGUUCAAAUAUCUGUACAUAAAACUUUUUUUCUAAGUCUUAAAUUUGUCUAAACUUUUGGUUGUUGAAUAAACAUUUAAUAUUAGAUUGUAAUUUUUAUAACAGUCAAUUUAAAAAAAAAAAGUAGUUUUACCCUUACACUGCAGGGUUUUAUGUCUAACUGAACCUCUCUGACCUCAGUUAAAAUGUCUCAUAUGGAGUCUCCACAUUUUUCAAGCUUUAAUGCUCCACAUUUUAAAAAGUGAAUGUAUCCAAUGAAUAUUUUGUUCUACUGAAUUUUUGUAAUGAAAGUAAUUGUAAACUAAUAUUUAUGAAACUUUCUAAUACAUUUUUAGUUAGAUCCAGCUUACCGAACUAACAAAUUAACACAAAUUAAAAUUGCUAUGGUUGAGCAUAUAGCUGAAUAAUUGUCAACGCUGCUUUCAAUUUUUAAUAAGUAUUAAAUACCUGUUAUUUGUUAAACUGAUGCCUCUAGUUUUCAUAAUAAAAUGUUCAUAAAGAUU